UGCCUAAUGCUAUCCAGCCCUGGGCCUUAGCGUUGUUUGUUAUUUCUGUUUGCUGCCGUAUUUGUUUAAAAUAUCUGCGUUUAAAUUCUACAAAUUUUUGAGCAGAGAGCCACGAAGAGAGAAACAAAGCGAAAACCAAGCAAAAAAAAAAAGAAGAAAAAUGUCAGCUAAACGCAAGGCAGGUGGCAAUGGAGCCGGACCUAACAAGCGUCGUCCCAAGAAGAAGGAAUCCGAUUAUGAAGAUGAGUUUAGCGAUGAAUCCGACGAGGAUCAUCAACAGCAGGCAGCAGCUGCUCAACAAAUGGAGGUACUUAUACCCCAUGAUGAGUUGGAUCCGCCUAGUAAAUUACCAGAAGAUUUGCUAGCAACAAUGGAAAAGACACCCGGCCAGUUGCUGGUGGCUGGCAUGGUUACUUGGGAUCUCACAGGCAAACGUGAUCGGAAGAAUGUCACCAAAGUUCGACCUAACCUGUAUAGUUUCCAUCGGUUUACAGAUGAAAAGUAUCGUUAUGUAGCCAGUGGUCCAGCUGCUGCCCAUUCCAUAAUCAUCAAUAUGGAUCGCAAAGCUUUGGGUUUCGGUCGAAAUCCGAGCGGUCAAUUGGGUCUCAGUCAGGACAUUAAGUUGGUUGAGAAGCCAACUCUUAUACCAGCUUUGGAGCAAUUGAAUGUGGUUCAGGCAGCUUGUGGACGUCAUCAUACGUUGUUCCUAACCGAUACCGGAACCGUUUAUGCCUGUGGCGAAAAUAAAUCUGGCCAAUGUGGUGUGGGCAAUACGCAUGCUAAUAUAUAUUCACCCACACCCAUUAAUUAUCGUGGUCCUCCAAUUAUUCGUGUGGGUUGUGGUGCUGAAUUUUCCGUGAUUCUGGAUAUCAAGGGCAAUUUGCACACAUUCGGUUUGCCCGAAUAUGGACAACUGGGCCAUAAUACGGAUGCCAAGUAUUUUGUGAAUGCCAAUAAAUUAUCAUUCCAUUUUGAGACCUCACCAAAAAAGGUCGUUCUGUAUAUUGAGAAGAGCAAGGAGGGUCAUGUGACGCCUGUCGAUGGUGUCCAGAUUGUGGACUUUGCAUGCGGCAAUAAUCAUACGGUGGCCAUUGAUUCCAAGAAGCGUGUCUAUAGUUGGGGCUUUGGUGGAUUUGGACGUCUUGGUCAUGCCGAGCCGAAGGAUGAGAUGGUUCCACGUCUAAUGAAAUUUUUCGAUGCUCAGGGUAGGGGUGCACGAAGUGUUUUCUGUGGAUCGACAUUCAGUUUGAUUGUCAAUGAAUUGGGUCUACUCUACCUCUUUGGCCAAAACAAGAAGACAGGCGAAGCUAAUAUGUAUCCAAAGCCUGUACAGGACUUGUCUGGCUGGAAUAUAACCGCCAUUGGCUGUGCCAAUACAUCGAUAAUGAUAUCAGCUGACGAUACUCUCAUUGCCUGGGGUGCUUCACCUACUUUCGGUGAACUGGGCAUUGGUGAAUUCCAAAAGUCGUCGACGGUGCCAAAGGAAGUGCCGAAAAUGGAUGGCAUUAAAAUACCUCAGGUGGCCAUGGGUUACUCGCAUACAGCUCUUUUGGUGGAUACUACUCAUGAAGCCACCAAACAGAAAUAUGAAAAAUUGCCGGAAUAUACCAUUGAUGAUUAAACCAACAAAAACUGCAACUACAACGAGAGACAGAUAAAGUAAAGCAAUCUACAAUGCGCAAAUACAAAAAAAAAACAAAAACAAAAAUGAAAAGAAAAACUUUUACCGCUGCCAACAACAAUAAUACUGCUCCACUUAGGUUACUACUACUACAAAUAAAUACUAUUACCUACAACCCUGAGAGAACUGAUCAACGAAAAGCUGAUGCUACUUACUAACAAAUAUACAAUAACAAAAGCCACAACCAACACUCGUAAGUUGUUAACUACAAAAAAAAGGAAAAAAAAAUCGGUAAAACUAAACAAACACUCUUUUAAAUCUCAAUACAAGUUUCCAAUCUAUUUUAAUUUAUGUUCGUAUACACACACACCCUUAUAUUUAUACAAAUCUUCCUAUGUCUUUAAUUUAUUAUGGCCGUCCCUGCUCCCACCACCCCAUCCUAAAUACUUAUGUCCCCACAUAUGCACCAACAUUUAGGCUAAAUCUAUGUAUCAAUUAUUUAAGUUAACAGUAUUUCGCAUUAUUUUUUUUCUAAAACAGAGUGAAAGGAAUAUAAAACUACAAAAUCAACUUAUAAAGAAUCAACAUCUACAAUUAGGCUACAUACUUAUUACAUAAAUAUAUAUAUUUAAAAAAAAAAGAAGGGAAAAGUAUACCAUGGAAUAAAAUCCAAUACAAGUUGCAACUAGUUAUUACAAGUACAUCAUGCAUUUUAAUCAUAUACAAACAAAUAUUUAAAUAAAGAGAAUGUUAGUAUUAAAAACCAA